GUUCGUUCCCAGGCAAAACUGCAAAGUAAAAUUCAUCAAGCCAUCGUCAUGGAGCUAAGUGCAGCAACUCUUAUCUUCCUCUCCCUCAUCUCCCUGCCAAUUUUGGCUACCUUGCUCAGCCGCAACUCCGCGCCAAGCCCCAAGAGGAGGCGGCCUCCAGGCCCAAGGAACCUCCCCUUGAUUGGAAGCCUCCUCCACUUCCUCAAGUCACAUCCGCAUGUUGCUCUCCGGGACCUGGCCAAGAAGCAUGGCCCCGUGAUGUUCCUCCGGAUCGGCCAGAUCGACACUGUCGUGAUAUCCUCGCCGGCGGCAGCGCAGGAGGUGCUCCGGGAAAAGGAUGUCAACUUCGCGUCACGGCCGAGCCUUGUGGUCUCGGAGAUCUUCGGCUAUGGUAAUCUCGAUAUUUUCUUUUCGCCCUACGGCCCGUAUUGGCGGACUCUGCGCAAGCUCUGCACGGUGGAGCUCCUCAGUGGCAAAAUGGUGCGGCAGCUCGCACCCGUCAGGGAUGACGAGACCUUGUCCCUCGUUAGGAAGAUCCAAGUUGCUGGCAAUGGCGGUGAGCCUGUCAAUCUCGCCAGGCUGCUCUUAUCCUGCUCGAACUCGAUCGUAGCAAAGGCAUCAUUCGGCCAGGCCUGCAGCAGCGAGCUCCAGGAGCAGUUCCUGUCGGCGGUUGAUGUGGCGUUCAAGAUCGGCGGAGGCUUCAGCAUCGGGGACCUAUUCCCAUCGCUGUGGUUCAUUGAUGCCUUCACUGGGUUGAGGCGAAGGGUGCGGCGAGCACACAGGCAGAUGGACACGUUCUUAGAAAAGAUCAUAGCUCAAAGUGAGGCGCAGCGAGGUGAUUCUCUUGUGGGAGUCCUCCUCCGGAUAAGGGACGAGGGGGAGCUUGAAUUCCCCAUCGACACAACAAAUAUCAAGGCCAUUUUACUGGAUAUGUUCGCUGGAGGGACGGAGACGGUGUCGACAGCUGCAGAGUGGGUCAUGUCUGAUCUCAUGAGGAACCCGGAGGUAAUGGCCAAGGCACAGGCCGAGGUGCGACGAGUAUUCGACAACAAGUGCCCACAGGACCAUGAGGGCAAGAUGGAUGAGCUACACUACACUAAGAUGGUGAUCAAGGAGAGCAUGAGGCUGAACCCAGUGGCGCCUCUGCUCCUCCCCCAUCUUUGUCAAGAGACAUGCGACAUUAGUGGGUUCGAGGUCAUUAAGGGUACCAGGGUCAUGGUCAAUACUUGGGCUAUGGCAAGGAGCCCUGAGUAUUGGCAUGACCCGGAGAAGUUCAAACCGGAAAGGUUUGAGGAUGACAUGAUUGACUACAAAGGUUCUCGGUUUGAGUACUUGCCAUUUGGGACCGGGAGGAGAAAGUGCCCCGGUGAUACCUUUGGGCUGAAUGUGCUGGAGCUUAUUGUUGCACGCCUUCUCUACUACAUCGACUGGAGCCUCCCAGGUGGAAUGCGGCCUGAUGAGCUUAACACGGACAUACUUGUUGGUGCAACAGUCAAAAGAAAGAACCAGCUGCACUUGGUGGCGUCACCAUACAAGGUUGUUCCCGUGAAAAGCUGAUUGAUCGAUCAAUGUGUUUGUAGGUGUCCAAUAAAUAUAAAUAACCUUGGACAAUGGCUUGACUCAUGCUCCUUUGAAGUUACAAGUAGGGCCUUUAUUAGUAGAUUAGGAAGUCCCGCACAACAUGACACAUCGAUCAAUUUCUUCCAUCAAAAGUUCAGUGUUUGUUAUGAAGGUAUUAUUUAUAAUGGACCUAAUAAUAUGCAUGUUUAAUUGUUGUCGACCACCGUCCUUGGUCAUUGGAUUCUGGGCGGGCAUCAAUCAUCAUCUCAUGUGUAAACAAUGUAAAGUGAACCGGCCUGUGACACACGUUGUGUCUAGUUUGUGGUUUUCCCAUUCACGUGGGGGCCUUCUUGUCGCUUGUUUAUGUAUGUGUUAUCGGCU